AAAAAUUUAAAUUUCAUUGCAGGGCGUGAGGUAAAAAUAGGAAGAAAAUCUGAAUACUCUCCAACUAUUGAUGAAUGCUGAAUAAUUCUUGAAUUUUCUUACCUAGAUUUCAUUGCAGGCCGAAAAUCCGAAUGCAGAGUGUUAAAAAUCCGGGAAAAAUUUACUGGUGAAGGCGUCAGCCUAUGUAGAUUCGGUGCUUAGGAUCUUCUUAUGCACGUUCAGGGAUUCCAAAGAGCCAAAUCUUGUAACAUUUGGCCCACUAUUUGAAUCUUUCUGAUAAAGAAUUCACCCAACUGCUAAAAGCUACGAAUGGAGGAUUUGGAGAGCUUUUGGUCACUUUUUGGCUGUAAACCUUGGGAUUAAGGACUUUCUUGCGCAACUUGUAUAAAUUCUCGGGUUUCUGCCUCAUGCCUGCGGAUUCAAGAUUUUUGUCAUCGAUUUUACUGUUUCUCUUAAGGAUUUGAGAGUUUCGUUUUUCGCUUUCAGAAAUCUGAAUGAUAUUGCUGCUUAUUUAAAGUGGAGAUGCCGACAACAUUAAAGAACCCAAUUUCUUGUGCUGAGUUUUUUCAAUGGGGAGUCCGCAAGCGUGCCGGAAGGAGGAAGCCACAAGUAAAGAAGGACGAGAAGAUUAUGGAGAACAAAUCCACCAUUUGUUUGGAUAGUCUUGCUGCUGCAAGGAUAAUCCCCUGUUUCCAACAAGAACAGUGUCUUCAAAUCCCCUGUUUCCCACAAGAACAGUGUCUUCAAAUCCCCUGUUCCCCACAAGUACAGUGUCAUCAAAUCCAAUCAGGCCUUGAUAAGAUGAUAGCACUGCCCUCCAAUAAAAGCUUUCAUUCCCUGCCAUCUGCUCCAGAAGGAAGUAGCAGAUCACAGCACCGGAUGAAUAAUAUAAUGUGCACCAGCAGCAGCAAUAAUACAGAGGGAGGGAACACUAUGCAAGACAACAAGCCCUUGAAUCUGGACACUUUUGUUUGGCCAAAAUUGAGCCUAAGCCUAUCCCUCACAGAGAAAGAGGAAGAUUUCCAGGCAAUAAAGGGCUCAAAGUUGCCAUUGAGACCCAAAAAGCGUCUCAAGUGUAUUCAGAAGGCAAUAGAUAAUCUUACUCCUGGAUUUUGGCUUAGCGAUGUUUCUCAAGAACGGUAUGAAGCCAGGGAAAAUAAAUCCACAAGAAAGAGACCGAGGGGUUUGAAAGCUAUGCAAGUAGGUAGUGACUUGGAAUAAGCAGGCUGUUCCAUCUCAACUGUACUUGCAAAGACUGUCUAUUUCAAUUUAUGUAUCAUAAACCACAUUGGUUUGUCAGGUGAAACUGGAGAUCACCUAUUCAAUUUGUCUUGUACAUGACCGGGAA